AUGGGUUGGGCAAUAGCACUUCACGGUGGCGCCGGUGACAUUCCACGUUCGCUACCUUUAGAACGCCGCGAGACGCGGGAGGCUGCUAUCCGCCACUGCCUCCAGAUCGGCGUCGAUGCUCUCAAAGCUCAUCGAUCCCCACUCGACGUCGUUGAAGUCGUGGUUCGUGAAUUAGAAAACCAUCCGCAUUUUAAUGCUGGUCGAGGGUCUGUUUUGACGAGCAAUGGGACUGUCGAAAUGGAAGCUUGUAUCAUGGAUGGAAAUACGAAGAGAUGUGGGGCUGUUUCCGGUCUGAUUACUGUUAAAAACCCUAUAUCUUUAGCGAGGCUAGUUAUGGAGAAAACUCCUCAUAUUUAUCUUGGAUUUGAUGGGGCGGAGGCAUUUGCAAGGGAACAAGGGGUUGAAAUGGUAGAUUCGACUCAUUUUAUAACUCCAGAAAAUAUCGAGAGACUGAAACAAGCAAAAAAAGCUAACAGAGUUCAGCUUGACUAUACACAACCCAUAAAAAAAGUUGAUGAAAUACCAGUUUCUGAUGGGGAUAGUCAAAUUGGCACAGUUGGUUGUGUGGCUGUUGAUGGUCAUGGAAAUCUAGCUACUGCUACAUCUACUGGCGGAUUUGUUAAUAAGAUGGUUGGGAGGAUUGGUGAUACACCCAUUGUUGGGGCAGGGACGUAUGCGAACAAUUUUUGUGCAGUCUCGGCUACUGGUAAAGGGGAAGCUAUUAUUCGUGGUACUAUUGCAAGAGAUGUGGCCGCACUUAUGGAGUAUAAAGGGCUUUCUCUGAAGGAUGCGGCAAAGUACGUUGUAGAGGGAGCACCAAGUGGCACCACUGGCUUGAUUGCUGUCUCGGCCAAAGGGGAAGUUACAAUGCCAUUAAAUACAAGUGGUAUGUACAGAGCAUGUGCUACCGAAGAUGGUUAUACUGAAAUGGCUAUUUGGCCAGGUGAGACAUGUGAUUGA